CGCUCCGAAACGGUUUCGUCAUAUUUGAUCGUCUCGCGCCGCUGGUGUGCGUUGUUGUGUUCCGAGAUUCGCGCCAUUCCCGGUGAACUGUGAACGCAUAUUUCUCGCGGAUGGUGAUGCUGCGUGCAGCCUUGCCGCGCAUUGUACGCAAAAAGUGAGUCCGAUAAGUGGUGUUGGUGGUGUGCGUAACACGAACGCGUGCUGCGCCGUACGUUGUCGUGAAAGGUGUGAAAACGGGUUGUCGGGUGAAACGUAAAAUUGUUGCAAACCGCAAAAGUAAAAUAAAUUGUCUCGCGACGAGUGUCCGUCCUGUGUUUCGUCCCGUGUGCCUGUGUGUGAUUGUGUGCACUGGUGACAGGCAAACUGGUUUUUCGGUUCCAGUUGGUGAAUAUUUUAUCACCGCCCGUGGUGUGUUCCCAGCACAGCAUCCCGCCUGCCAGUCCCGGCGUCCGAAGGUAGCCACGGCGCUGCCCAAAUAAGGCGAAAUAACGAGAGUCGCACCGCAAAAGGAUAAAGACAUCGGCGGGCGCUUCGGGGCCGCUCCGGCAGUGUCGGACGCUCAAGUUCGGCAUUUCCCGGGUAUUUGGACCGCCAGCCUGAAUCGGAUCUGAUAUGAGAGAUAAUCGCGGUUAAUCGGAACCAUCGUUGCGCGAGGCUCCAGCUCCAGAGGAAGCAAAUACGCGUCUGAAGCGGUGUGCACUCGCAGUUAAAUCGGAAACAUCGCCGGGCUUUCGAGUUCCUGCCUCCUGCCACGCUGCGAUCCGCUGCUGACCCGGCACUGCUUUGGACGGACGACGACGGACGACGCCUAGCGGCAACGGUGGCAACCCCCCGGGCUAGGAUCGUCUUCGAUGACGAAAGCGAAACCGACGGUGCCAUCGAUGCCCCGUGGCAACGCCACCGACCACGCAUUAUGGUCGGCACGCUGACCAUAAUGAAGACCAUCGGGCCGAACUUGGAGAUCGUGUAGCGCACAGGACCCGAACGCUGUAGUGUGCCGUCUCGUGCUGCGAUCCGUGGCAAACCGUGACCGUUUAGAGGGCCCCGUACUUCAAUUGUGCUCGGCGGGAGAUUUAGGAACCGUCACUGUUUUUGCCCAUCAUUCUGGUUGUUUUAAUCGCUAAUCGACAACUCGGCCCAGGAGGUGCGCGGAGAACGAAUUAUUUGGAAAAAACGGCAAUUUAAUAGUGUACCACUGAAGAAGAACACAAAAACGGUUAAACAUUUUCUGAUUACUCCCAGCAUAAGCAUCCGAGACGGGGUUCGUGUCCGUCGAGAAUAGGACAGCAAAGAAACAACACGGAGUAACGAAACCCGCCGAUGGUGAAGUGAAGUGUAUGAAACGAGCAUGGAAAAAACAAUCUGGCAUCGGUGAUUCGAUUAUUGGGUCAAAUUUGAGCGGCCAGCACGCGCAGCGAGCGGUUACUUUAGAGCUUCUUCGGCGCGUCCCAUUAGGAGCCCAUUGCGGGCCCGGAUCUUCGAGAGGCUUGCGUGUUGUGUUGUGUUAAUUUUAUUUUCCCGCACUCGCCGGACGGACACCUUCGCAUCGACGAGGCCAUCAGGAAUUCGAUUCCCACGAUAGGAGGCACGGUCCAGCUCGAAGAUGUUGAAAAACAUUCACGAACGUACGGUGAAGAAGGUAAAGGGUAACCACUAUGUGGCAACGCACGGCCGGGACACGGUGGACCUACCGUAUGCCCAGGCCAACCGGGGAUACUCGACCGACGGUGAGGACAGCCAGCGGGCACCGUCGGAGCGGACACUGUCCGAGUACACGAUAGCGAACGAGCGGGGCACCCCACCGACUGCUCCGGCCCGGAAAUCACGCUCGGAGCACAAAUACCAGAACAACGGCGGCCCACGGCCGCUUUCUAGUCCACCGACGCGCGCCCCGCCGAGGGCUCCGUCCGCGCUCAGCUACGAUCAUGGGGGCGAAACCGGUAGCGACAUCUACGUCACGUCCGCGGCCUACAAGGCACCGUCGGAGAUAAGUCGCUACAGUGCGCACCGGACGCACCAGUCGCGCGGACCCAGAAGCGUGUACAGUGUGGCCAGCACGGCGAAAACGGGCCGCAGCUCGAGGCGGCACGGCGCGAAAGUGGAGGCGAUGUCCGCCCCGAACCCGUUCUGUCCCAACGUGAAGGGUGUCUGCUGUCUGAUGCUGCUGCUCAACCUAGGCCUCAUCCUCAUAACGCUCGGGUUCGUCAUCGUGAUGCAGUUCAUGGAACCACUGUUUGUCUGGAUCCUCGGUGUGGUGUUUCUCAUCUUCGGCUUCGGCACCCUGAUCGGCAGCAUGAUCUACUGCGUGAUCGUGUGCCGGGACGCGAAAACACCGGCCCAGCUGAAGAACGAGGACCUCUACUGGACGAAGCACUGGCAGAAGAGCAUCGGAUACACGCCGCAGGAGAUCGACUAUAAGACCGAUCGGUUCGACGAGCGGGACCGGUAUUCGGAUCGCUUUUCGGUCAGCAAAAUGAGCGGGAAGUACUCCGAUCGUGACAUCACCCGCUACUGAUUAGUGGAGCGCCCACUGGACACUAACCCUUAGCUCGCCGAACACUCAUCCUUGUGGCCGCCCAAUGUAAACCCAAUCGCACUAACGCGUGAUGUACGCGAACCAGUUUUCGCGAUGACCACUUCGCGAUGAUUUUUACCUGCACCUUUACGUGACGACAUGACCGUAGUCCGGCAUCCUCUGUAGUUUUUAACCCAACCCAUGUCGUCGCGGGACGCCUUCACCGGAGGCGCAACAGCACAACGGUACACUAACCAUUUAAAUUAAAUGAUUUCGCGAACAGCGAUAGGGAACGACGAUUUGGGGAAAUGUUUGCAUUUCGUUGGCAAACGGAACACAUUUCACUAGGUUUAGCGCCGACACGUUCCAGGAAAGUCUUAAGCAAUCAUUGUAACCUGAUUAGGAAGGAUAAUGUCUUGAAAGUAGCGGGUAAGCGAGAGAUAGGACGAAUCACGAAUUAAUCUUAAUCCGUACGUUAUCCGAACCCGGUCGAUCCCUGCCCUAAAUACCAGUUCCCCGUAACCCACGAGUCAACAGUGUGUAAAUAAUAAUCCCGAAACGAGUAAAUCAAUAAACGCAACCAUGUUUUUAAUCGAAUCCUCCUUCUUCAAAAUGAUAAAUGGUUUACAGAGGAACUAUCCUCAUGUCGUCUUUAUUUCACACCUUAAUAGGACCUUAAUAGGUACACUCGGUACAAAUAUUAUGUCUUCGCAAACAGGGAAAAUAAAUCAUUUUACCUGAUAGUGGUAAAUUUGCUUCGCUUUAAUAAUUAAACCUCCAUACUUCCAGCGCAAACACGUAGCAAGGGCAGGGCAGUUGUGCGAAUUGUUCGAAACAUUGUUUUGAAGGAAAUACGAAUUAAGCACCAUUAACGAUAGUCGAACAAAUUGUUCUUUCCCUUGCUGCGUACCCGGAUCAAACCCUGCUGCUAUUAACGAUACAAAUAUUUGCUCCCAUUCAUCGAUAAAGCUAGUGGACAUAAGAGAGAUUAA